CUUCUGUUACAGUAUGAGUCAUUAUAGUAAAAAUAGUCUGGAUCACUUUGACUUAAGCUACUGUAGAUAAUAUGUACAAUAAUAAUAAUGUAUCAGAAAAGAAACAAGCUCCAUCUUAUGCUUUUGUAGCACCGAAUGGCGGCCCAACACCAAUGCAAAGAGAGCGUGAACAAGUACAACAACAAAUAAACAAUAAUCCCAACGGUUAUCCGGGUGUAAUAGGUGGCACGCCUGCUGCCUCUAAAGGCGUGCAAGGUUAUGAUGCACAAGGCAAUCCCAUUAUUCCGCCUUUUAUCGCUCAAAGACAUCAAAUUGAGCAAAGCCUAGGACCUACUUGUCCAAAGGGAGGAGGAUAUCACGAUUUAAGAAUGCAUUUAACCGGAACAUCAUUGUUAUUUGCAGUUUUGAUAGUGCCGUACUGCUGCGGUUAUCGAGGCAGAAGAGUAUGUGUCUGUACUAAAUGCAGUCAAAAGUUCCCUAACAUCGUAUUACCAUCAGCAUAAGUAAUGGAGAAAGGAGAAUACAAACUUACAAUGUUACAAUGCAGCUUAUAUGCCUGAAAAGGUCAUCUUUGUUUAUUACUUUUGACAAACUAUUUUCCCCAGUGAUAG